UGUGUGUGUGUGUGUGUGUGUUUUAGCUCGGGUUAUUUGUCUUGCUCAAGAACACCCCGCACAAACCAUCCAUAUAGACACCGUUUCACAAAAGCAUGUUUGACAGCGUUAUUGUGAGGCUGAACUUACAAACUACUCGUCCACUGUAGACACAUUAUAAUUGCUGCUGCUGGUUUCGAUGGUUACCUUCAACAGUUUGAAAUGAAAAGAUAAAGAUGGAAGAGGCAGUGAGAAAUGCAAGGUUCUAUAGGCCCUACACGUAGGGGAUUCAUACAUUUAGUUUUUGUAGAAGGAAACAAGUCGGACACAUUUUCAGUAAUAGCAUCUGAAUGAUAAUAGAAGACAGUUUGUUAUUAAAAAAAUUUUUUUUUACAGUACUUUGACCGUACACGUAGAUCUACUCAAAUCGAUCUAAAUUAAAUUACAAUGUAGUUAAAAUAAAUAAUGGAUACUCAUUCUAUGAAUUCAUAAUUUUAUACUGUUAUGAACUGUCACACACCGUCAGACUUUAGCAUUUAGCAGUCAUUCUGAUGUUCUGCAAUUCUAGGCUAGCCUAACCACUUUGUCAGUGACUUUGCGAUUAUCACAGCUAGAUUGAAAGAAAUUUAAAAAAAGCUUUAAUUCGCCCUUCUUAUUUUUGAUGCAGGGUUAUAAGCACUUUGUAAAUUCUUCCUUUCAUCUCUUUAAGUUGUGUGUGUGGGCCUAUCAGUUGGCGAAUUCGGAAUAGAAGAGCUGUAUACUAAGACUAAGACUAAGACGUAACAAGGCACAGUGACAAGGGAAUCGAUGUGUCAUGGCUGUCCCACUGGCAACAAUUGUUCAUCAUUCCUGCCAAUGCAGGCUCUUGCACAAGUCUCUUAGACCUGCAUGGUUAUUGAACUUCAAAGCUUUAAGAACUUCCUCUUCAAACUCUUUGAAAUGCAAGCCCCUUGAAAUAAAUUUGAUCAUGAGAACGGAAAGAGCAAGGAGCACUCUCUGUCUGAGAAACAUCUCCUCAGUCCUAGCUGUGGUCAAGUCUGGCUCACAAGAAGCCGUGGGUCAAGGACAUACAGUCAGUGCCAGACAGUUCUCUACAUCUCUUGGCCGCCCCGUUCACUCGCAAGACACAGUUCAGUCUCAUCUUCCUGUUUUUCUUCAUGCGGAAAAAUACCUCAAGCACCCUGCAGUCAUUGACCAAGAUGGGAGCUUGACUUAUGCUGAUGUUCUUCAUCAUAGUAUGAAUCUGGCCACUGACAUUCUUGCUUUCAGGAAUGCAGAAAACGAUAUGAAACUAAAUAGUGAGAGAAUAGCCAUCCUAACAGAUCAUAGUGUCUCUUAUGUGAUUGGUCAGUAUGCGACAUGGAUUGUCAAUGGUGUCUCAGUUCCUUUGUGUUCGACUCACCCACCCUCGGAGUGGGAAUACUUUCUGCGGGAUUCUCAGUGUACCCUGGUUUUGGCCUCGGAGGGAUUUGUCGACAAAAUCACCCCUAUUUCACAGAAGCUGAAUGUCCCGGUCAAGACUUUGUCAAGAGAACUGUACUCUGAGGAAUAUGAGAAAAACAGAUGGUUCCAGUCUGAUCAUGCUUCAAACCCAAAGCAGAUCACAAGGAUGUUUGAGCAAAGAAAGAAACGUUGGUUUGAUCGUUCAGAGGAGUUCAUUUUGAAGAAGCCAGCUUUGAUUGUAUAUACUAGUGGGACGACUGGACCACCAAAGGGUGUGGUCCUGACUCAUGGAAACCUGGCGGCCAUGACACGAGGCAUGAUCAAAAGCUGGGAGUGGACGUCAAGGGACACAAUCCUCCAUGUGCUGCCGUUGCAUCAUGUCCAUGGUAUUGUCAACGUGCUGCUCACUCCCCUGGCAUGUGGUGCCACCUGUGUGAUGGAGCCAAAGUUUGACCCUGGCCAGGUUUGGAAUACUCUGACUUCACCAAAAGUGCCCGGUCUUGACAAGAAUAUCAAUGUGUUCAUGGCAGUCCCUACUGUCUAUGCUAAGCUAAUCCAGUACUUUGAUGAGAACAUGGCAAACUCAAAAACCGGCUUGACAGUGGACUUUGUCCGAGAAACUUUGUCUUCUAAAUUUAGAUUGAUGGUGAGUGGUUCUGCUGCGUUGCCUCAGCCAAUCAGCAACCGAUGGCUUGAACUAUCAGGGCACAGACUGCUAGAGAGAUAUGGCAUGACUGAGAUUGGAAUGGCUCUCACAAACCCUUUGCAUGGAGCAAGAGUUCCUGGUGCUGUAGGUCUUCCUUUUCCUGAAGUUGAGGUUCGCAUUUCCAAGCCUAAUGUGUACUCACCCCGAGGAUAUGACAUCAUUGCGGAUGGAAAUUCAAAGCAUACAAUUGUGUCCCCUGGAUCAGAAGAGGAGCUGGGAGACUUGCUGGUGCGAGGUCCAUCCGUGUUCAGAGAGUACUGGAACAAACCAGAGGCUACGGCGCAGAGUUUUACAAAAGAUGGAUGGUUCAAAACAGGUGACACGGUCAUUUACAAGGACGAGUCGUACAGAAUCGUGGGCCGCACCUCAGUGGAUGUGAUCAAGAGCGGGGGCUACAAGAUCAGCGCACUGGACGUGGAGCGCCACCUGCUGGCUCACCCGGACAUACAGGACUGUGCUGUGGUUGGCUUGCCUGACCUCACCUGGGGUCAGAAGAUUGCUGCAGUGCUGGUUAUUGGAGGAGACAAGACCAUAGAACUGUCAGAGCUACGUGAGUGGGGGUCGGAGCAUCUUGCCAGUUACCAGCUUCCCACUGUGAUCAAAUGCCUUGAGUCUCUUCCACGGAAUGCCAUGGGAAAAGUAAAUAAAAAGGAGCUCACUAAACAAGUCUUUCCCGAAUUUCUCAACCAAAGCUGGUGAAGUGCUCUUUCUGGAUAUAAGUGUGUGUUACUUGUCUCUUCAGUGUCAAAAUGUGAACCAAAUAAAAACCCUUGCAAAAUAAAAUAUAAAAAACUGUGACAGUUGCCCCUGUUUGGAGGGUGUUCUCAGAAAAUUCUGAUUUCAUUUUUCUGAUUUUAGUGAUAUGUUAAUCAGAUUUUUUCUGGAUUAAAGACUCAAGUUCUGCUUCUAAAGUAAGAAAUUUUGUCUUUUUAUCCUUAUGGUGGUUAGUUUCUGCACUGGACAUGUUGUUUGAAAAGACAAAAAGUUUUAAAAAGCAAUGCUUACUUUUCCUGUGACAAAUGAAUAUGACAUUUUACUGACAAUAAUGUUUUCAAAUAUUUAUGAAUGUGAGUAUAUCUAGAAUACAUUGAAAUGAUUUCUAUAAUUUGUACAAUGGCCUACAUCUUCAAGAGUUGACACCCAUAACUGAAGUUCCUAUGUAAUACAGUGGCGUCCAAAAGAAACUUGAAAAUGUAAUCACCCAGUCAUCGUGUUAAAGCCUUGCACUGCUCACUCAUUCAGCAUACUAGUUUAAAGCUGAAUAAAUUCUGCAUCUUCUGACAUAUAUUUCUUCUAUGGUAAGAGACACUUGAGAUAUAGUCACUCCAAACUGACCUUAAAAAACUAAGCCAAAGAAACUUAAAACUGUGCUUGCGCAUGUCAUGUAUUGAAGAGCAUCAAUAUUGCUAGAAUGGACUACAUUGCAUUGCCAAUUAAUCGAGAAUUUUGUUUCUUCAAAAAACAAUAUUUUAUUACUAUAGUUUCAAACAAAACGGAAAACAGAGCAAUCACAAAUACUGUGCAAAAUUUUGACUUAACAUUAAAUGUGCUCAUUGUUAUUUUGCCUGGGAUCUAUUAGUUUUGGCAUUGACUCUAUAUAAUUUUGGACAUAAUUAUCUGUCAUUUCAUCCCAAAUGUCACAGAGAAUUGCAAACAAAAGGUCUGAAUUUGUAGCAAAGUCGUUUUAUUUCAGCUACUGUGUCAUGGGGUUUCACGUACCUGUAGGAUUCAAAUCGGGGCCCUUAACUGGUGACCACUCCAACGUUGAUAUGAUUUGGUUUUCCAAGAAUUGUCUAGUGGCAUUUGGCUCUGUGAGUAAAAGAUUUGCUAUGCAUGGAGAUGUCUAUUUGAAUGACACAAUAAUGAAAAUAUUAAGAGUAAGAUAUGACACUCCAGCACUUGCGAAAUGUAGGCCACCAAGUGAAACGAUCAGGUGAUUCUCACGAGGGAGGUUUUGUUUAUUCCAUCCCAGACCACCCUGAACCAUGGCUGUUUUGUGGCCUCUGUGCCUCACUGACAUAUCAUUAUGUUCAAAAUCUAACUAACACAGUCCAUGUGCCAAAAAGCUUUCAAGCUCUACGUGAAAACAAUAAAUUCUAAAUUAAAUCAAAAUCAUGUUAAUAAGCACAUGUAACUUUCAGUCCUUGUUUUGAGUGAUAUUUGUGCCUGCUCUGUUUUUCCUUCUGUUUGAAAGUAUUAUUAUUAUCAGAAGAUUCUGUUCAUUGCAGAGACAAUAAUAUUUUCUUUCCAUUUGAUAUUCAAUACAUGCCCAUUCUACCACGGUUGAUGCCCCUCAAUAGGCCUACAUGCGCCAACACACCUGAUUUUUAAAAGUCAAUUUUGAGUGACUAUAUCUUGGGUGUCUCUUAGCAUAGAUGAAAUGUUAAUUUGUCGGAUAAUGCAGAAUUUAUUUAGCUUUAAAUUGGUAUGCUGCAUGAGUGGGUAGUGCAAGGCUUUAACACGAUGAUCAGGUGAUUACAUUUUUAAAGUUUUUAUUUUGAAUGUCAAUGUUUAAGAUUUGUGUUUUCUCUCAAUGUGCUCAUUUUGCCUGCUAAGAGCCCGCUAGACUUCUUUUAAGGUAAAUAUGGUGUCACACAUAAUCUUCUCAAAAGCUUCAGAGUUUAUAGAUUCAUGUUGCUUUGUAAAUAUUUAUUUUGGUGAGUCAUAUGCACCGGUGACCAGUCUUUUGCACUUGCACUGUGGGGAUUACAGAUAAUGUAAUCACAUACUUAGCUGGUAGAUCUUCUACCACUACCAGCGAUUCUUAGUACUCUCCAUAGUGGAGGUUUCUGGACCUCGCACAAAUGUCAGAAUUUUUUUUCUGUGGUUGAUAUUUAGGAGAUAUAACUUUCCUUCUGUCAGACAUAAUUGAGAAGGAAGAAAAGGGCGGGGAGUAUGUGGAGGGGGUGGAAGGGGGGAGCCAUAUGUUUGUCCUAGUUAUAGAUUUCAUUGGUGAGUCUGCUUAUUCUUACUGGUAUUUUACUUUUGGAAUAUGUCAGAACCAAAGACAAGUUUUGUUGUAACAUGAUGAACUUUCGUCAGCUUUUUAAAAAAAUGACAAAAGUAGUUUUAUUGUGGUCUGGACAAAUUGCUGUGCAGAUAGUCUGACUACAUUGCAACUAUUUAUAUAUUGUUGUACUGAAGGUGUUUUUUUCAGCUUAAACACACACACACACACACACACACACGCAUAAUACGUAUGCAC